AUGGUCGGGCGAGUCGGCUCCGAGUCGACAGCUACGGCUGCUGCGGGCGGAACAAAACGAAAGCGGUGCACAGGCUGGCUGUACGUGCUAUCUCUGGCACUUCUGCUGGCGGCUUGUCCCAUCGGCACCGCUCUUGCAGCCACAUGCGGACUCCACAACGUUGUUGCGCCAGCAAGCAACGUCCCAUCCGAGUCACUACACGAGACGCUUCUCCUGAAACCUCUCGGCGACGGUCGUGUGCUCGCGUCAUUCGAAUUCACGCUCACUUCAACUUCGUCUUCCACGUCGAGCUUCCGUCUUCUUCCGCGAGCGCUGCUGCAGCCCAUUCAACACUUUGGCGUCUCGGAAGUACACCUUGCGCUCAACUCGGGUCGGUGGAGAUACGACAGCUGGGGUUCGCCCGUGACGACGCUAAAGCAAAGGCGUGAUUAUACGUCCGAGCGAUGGGCGCACCACCCCGGGUAUGCCAGUAGCCAUGGUAGAGUCAAGCUGGGCGAGGAGAGCGUUGGUACAGGAGCGGAAGUUUGGGCUCGAUUCGAUUCGCAUGAUGCAAAACGUGAGGGCUGGAAAGGCUUGACGAGCGCAUUGGCAGGUUUGUUCUGUACCAGCUUGGACGCCUUGGAUGAACGACAAACUGUGGAGCCGCACUAUGCGUUUUCGUCAAGCACCAACGCUAAUGCGAGCGCACAGACGCUGCAUGCUUUGCUACCCACCGAAGGCGUGUGUACGGAAAACCUGACGCCGUUCCUCAAGCUGUUGCCAUGCAAGGCCUCGGCGGGACUCGCGACACUGCUCAACCCUCUCUCGCUGUUCAGCGCCACCUUUCACGGGCUCGCAGUGCACGUUACACGUCUUGCGCAGUCAGACCACGCCGUCGAUGCAGACGCCCACCACCCCGGAUGGAACGUCGUCCUCACCUUUACUUCAGUCUUCUCGCCCGCACUGACGAGGGAUGUCAGCAUUCGAGAUUGGUCGAUUAGCUCCUUGUUCGGUCGCACGAUCCAGUCUAGUUGUCCGCUUGCAGACUCGAGUCUGGUGCGCAUCCUCAAGCCGGCGGAUCCCGAGACAAGUGCAAAGUACCAGGUGGAACCUCUACCCCCCUUGCCAGCCUGCUCUAAACCUGGAGAUGAGCAUCACUGUGACACCUCACACGGCGCCAAAAUUGGAAAACGAAACGGUUACCACUUCUUGCCUGUUCUGGAAGAGCAGGAUGAAGUAACGGACGAAUUGGCGUCUUCCGGAUUGUUGGCGUUCGAGACAGAAAACGAGAGGAACGAGUACGAGCAGAGGCUGCACAAGCGGUGGGCGCACUAUUUGGAUUCGGUUGACGGCGAGUAUCUGUACGACCUCUCGUCCGUCAGCAAGGAUCGAGGGUUUAGCGGGCUGGAUGUCAAGAUGAGCUGGCCACACGAAACGAGAUUCACCUACCCUUCCACUAACAAUCGCACCAACGUCGGUGGAGGGGCAGUGAACCAGGUGGUACACGUCGAACGGACGCUCAUCGGCUCUGGUCAAGAGCGAAGCACGUUGCAGGUGACUCUGACCAAUACUGAUGCAAGGCUAGCACAGCGAGUGUUGUGGUAUGAGACGCUGGGAUAUUUCGUAUCGCCAUAUCUGCAUACUCUGCGACACUCGAUCGAGUUGCUUCCGUCGGCAGCUUCGGCGGAUGAGCUACUGCGGAGCGUAGCGGAUUACCAAGAUCCAGUGGAGCAUAUCACGUAUCAACCGACGACGAGUAGACGUGGUGGAACAAGUCCAUUUGUGAUCGAGGCUGUGGUAAGGAUCCCGGCAAGUAGCACGGUAGUAUUCACGCUCGAAUUAAAGAAGUCCUUCGUACCGUAUAGCCAGCAUCCGCCAGAUGCACAUCGAGGCUUCGAUCUAAAUCCUGCCAUCGUAAUCCCGUUGAUGCCUCUGGAUCCAAGAGACUCGCUCACUCGCCACCGGCCUCGACACCCUGCCAACCGUAUCCCUCCUCCUCGAUCAGACCUCUACACAUCUCUCCUCAAUCUCUUCCCCUCCUUAUCCCCACCUCCAUCUUCUUCGAUCCCCAUCAUCCCCUCCAAAUCUCAUCCCCGAAUCUACUCCCCCCCAAGCCUCCUCCACUUGCCAACCCCCGACUUCUCUUUCGUCUAUACCAACAUCAUCUUCACCAGCACCGUCAUCGCUUUGUUCUUUGGCAGCUCCCUUAACACCCUUCUGCGCACGUUUACCGACUUCGUCUUCUGA